AUGGCUUCUGAAUCUGAAACUCUGAAUCCCAGUGCUCGGAUAAUGACGUUUUACCCAACCAUGGAGGAGUUCCGGAACUUCAGUCGAUACAUGGCCUACAUUGAAUCCCAAGGAGCUCAUCGGGCUGGGCUGGCCAAGGUCGUUCCUCCAAAGGAGUGGAAACCUCGAGCGUCCUAUGAUGAUAUUGAUGAUCUGGUCAUUCCUGCCCCCAUCCAGCAGCUAGUGACAGGGCAGUCUGGCCUCUUCACUCAGUACAACAUCCAGAAGAAAGCCAUGACUGUUCGAGAGUUCCGCAAGAUAGCCAAUAGUGAUAAGUACUGUACCCCACGGUACAGUGAGUUUGAAGAGCUUGAACGGAAAUACUGGAAAAAUCUCACGUUUAACCCCCCAAUCUAUGGUGCAGAUGUGAAUGGCACUCUCUAUGAAAAGCAUGUUGAUGAGUGGAAUAUUGGCCGGCUGAAAACAAUCCUGGACUUGGUGGAAAAGGAGAGUGGGAUCACCAUUGAGGGUGUGAACACCCCGUACCUGUACUUUGGCAUGUGGAAGACCUCCUUUGCCUGGCACACCGAAGACAUGGACCUGUACAGCAUUAACUACCUGCACUUUGGAGAGCCAAAGUCUUGGUACUCUGUUCCCCCUGAGCAUGGAAAGCGGUUGGAGCGCCUUGCCAAAGGUUUUUUCCCUGGAAGUGCUCAAAGCUGCGAGGCUUUUCUCCGCCACAAGAUGACCUUGAUUUCCCCUUUGAUGCUGAAGAAAUACGGAAUUCCCUUUGACAAGGUAACUCAAGAAGCUGGAGAAUUCAUGAUCACUUUCCCUUAUGGUUACCAUGCCGGCUUUAACCAUGGUUUCAACUGUGCGGAGUCUACCAAUUUUGCUACCCGGCGGUGGAUUGAGUAUGGCAAACAAGCUGUGCUGUGCUCCUGUAGGAAGGACAUGGUGAAGAUCUCCAUGGACGUGUUUGUGAGGAAGUUCCAGCCAGAAAGGUACAAACUUUGGAAAGCUGGGAAGGACAGCACAGUUAUUGACCAUACCCUGCCCACACCAGAAGCAGCCGAGUUUCUUAAGGAGAGUGAACUGGCCCCGAGAGCCAGAAACGAGGAGUGUCCAGAGGAGGAUGACAUGGAAGGGCUUGAGGAUGGAGAGGAGGGUGACUUCAAGAGAAGCCUCGCCAAGCACCGUAUAGGGACAAAACGGCACCGAGUGUGUCUUGAGAUACCACAGGAGGUGAGUCAGAGUGAGCUCUUCCCCAAGGAGGAGCUGAGUACUGGACAGUACGACAUGACGGAGUGCCAGGCUGCCCUUGCUCCCGUGAGGCCCACCCAUAGCUCCGUGCGGCAAGUUGAGGACAAUCUUCCCUUCCCAGAUUAUUCUGACUCCUCUGAAGUAAAAUUUGAAGAGCUUAAAAAUGUCAAACUUGAAGAGGAGGAUGAGGAGGAAGAGGAAGAACAAGAAGCAGCCGCCUUGGAUCUUUCUGUGAAUCCUGCUUCUAUAGGGGGACGCCUUGUCCUCUCAGGUUCGAAAAAGAAAUCCUCUUCUAGCCUGGGCUCCAGUUCUUCUCGGGAUUCUAUUUCUUCCGAUUCAGAAACCAGUGAGCCUCUGUCCUGCCGAGCCCAAGGGCAGUCGGGAGUUCUCACUGUACACAGCUAUGCCAAAGGGGACGGCAGGGUCGUCAUGGGAGAACCCUGCACGAGGAAGAAAGGGGGCGCCACCGGAAGUAUCAGUGAGCGGGAGCUGGCAGAGGUGGCAGAUGAAUACAUGUUUUCCCUGGAAGAGAAUAAGAAGUCCAAGGGCCGUCGUCAGCCCUUAAGCAAGCUCCCCCGCCAUCACCCACUCGUGUUGCAGGAUUGCGUCAGUGAUGAUGAGUCGUCUGAACAGCUGACCCCUGAGGAGGAGGCUGAGGAGACAGAGGCCUGGGCCAAGCCCCUGAGCCAACUAUGGCAGAACCGACCCCCAAACUUUGAGGCUGAAAAGGAAUUCAAUGAGACCAUGGCCCAGCAGGCCCCUCACUGCGCUGUCUGUAUGAUCUUUCAGACUUACCAUCAGGUUGAGUUUGGAGGCCUUAGUCAGAGCUGUGGAAACACUUCAGCUCUGGCCCCCCAGAAGCAGAGGACCAAGCCAUUGAUUCCAGAAAUGUGUUUCACCUCCACUGGCUGCAGCACCGACAUCAACCUUUCUACCCCUUACCUUGAGGAGGACGGCACUAGUCUUCUAGUUUCCUGCAAGAAGUGCAGUGUCCGCGUCCAUGCCAGUUGCUAUGGGGUCCCCCCGACAAAGGCUUCUGAAGACUGGAUGUGUUCUCGAUGUUCAGCCAAUGCCCUGGAGGAGGAUUGCUGUUUGUGCUCACUACGAGGGGGAGCCCUACAGAGAGCCAAUGAUGACAGGUGGGUCCACGUCUCAUGUGCUGUGGCAAUUUUGGAAGCAAGGUUUGUCAACAUUGCCGAAAGAAGUCCAGUGGAUGUGAGCAAAAUUCCCUUGCCCCGCUUCAAACUGAAAUGCGUCUUCUGCAAGAAGCGGAGGAAAAGAACCGCUGGCUGCUGUGUGCAAUGUUCUCACGGCCGUUGCCCAACUGCCUUCCACGUGAGCUGUGCCCAGGCUGCUGGGGUGAUGAUGCAGCCCGAUGACUGGCCUUUUGUUGUCUUCAUUACCUGCUUUCGACACAAGAUCCCUAAUCUGGAGCGUGCCAAGGGGGCCUUGCAGAGCAUCACUGCAGGCCAGAAGGUCAUUAGCAAGCACAAGAAUGGGCGCUUCUACCAGUGUGAGGUGGUCAGGCUCACCACUGAGACCUUCUAUGAAGUCAACUUUGAUGAUGGUUCUUUCAGUGACAAUCUCUAUCCUGAGGACAUAGUGGUGAAGGCUUUGGGGCUGAGUAGAAACUGCUUGGAGACAUCCCUGGCCUGCUUAUGUUAUUGACACCUGACACACUGGAAGCUCUGCCUGGACCCACUUCUAGGUUUCCUGGCUCAGUAUUCAGGACUUAGUUUGAGUUUCCCUUACUCUCACUCUGCCCUUUCCUAAGCACCAAAGCAGUGGAUGAAGCCACUUCUACCUUUAAGGAAUCCAGUAGUUCCCAUCUUUAUCCUGUAUUAGCAACCUAGUUGCUAAAAGCACCUAACGUUAGUUACAAGGUAGACUUGAGUCAUAGUAAAGAUGAUAUUAGUAGUGUUUGUGGCAGCAGUAGAGGUAUAAUUUACUAAGCUUUUCUAGCACACCAGGCCCUGUACUAAAUGCUUCAUGUUAGGUGUCUCUGUCACUUCUGAGAAGCAAGCGGUGCUAUCUCUAACUUAGAUCCGUGAUCUCAGGACUCUGUUUUCUAAAAAUUACUGAGGACCUCAUAGAGCUUUUUUGUGGGUAAUGUCUGCCCAUGUUUACUGGAAAUUAAAAUGGAGAUUAAUAUAAUCUGGGUUUUUAAAGAUAGCUUUUAAAACAAAAUAUUAGUGGGAAGAAUGCCAUUUUCUACAUUUCUGCACAUCUUUUUUUUUUUUUUUUUCCUAAGAUUUUAUUUAUUUAUAAAUAACCUUUACACCCAACUUGGGGCUCGAACCCACAACCCUGAGAUCAAGAGUCACACACUCCACCAACUGAGCCUGCCUGGUGCCCCUCAGAAAUAUGUUUAAAUUUGGCAAAGCUUCAAGCUUAUUGAAGCUUAUUGUGGUGAUACAACUUUUCUGACGUUCAGAUUUUUCUAAAAGCUGAAGUUUUUUUAUUGGCAGUACUGUCUUUUAUUUUCCUUGAAGUGACAAGCUUAUUUCAUUCAUUUCUGAGAAGAUGUCUGCCAAAACCCAAGUCUGAAUAACCAUAGUUUGUCAGCCAGUUUUUCAAACAAAGCUAGUGUUCCAUGAUAAAAAGCAGCUCACAACUCGGUUCCACAGUGCUUUCCCUCAAGACAACCAUCCUCCUUCAGCCUGCAGUAGAAGUGUCCGUCUCCAAGUACUCACAUGCAUACUCCAGGACUGAGGUUUGACAAGUUAAGUUUUUCUGCUUCAUCAAGAGACACUAUUAUGUGAAACCAGGCAUUUUUCUCUUUUCCCUCAAUUAUAAGCUCCCGGUGGUGAAAAAAUACAGCACAAAGAAAGAGGCUAAUAACGUUUUAACGUUACUCAGAAUUCGUCGUUGUCUUCUGUCUCCUCGGGGCAGGGCCUGUCCCUUGACCUUUAGCAGGACAGUUAAAGCAGUGUGAGAAGGAUUCUUGAUCUUGGCACUAUGUUUAUUAAAUUUACUCUAUGUUUGCUCUGUCACCUCAGAGCAACAGGGGCAGAGAGAUGGGGCUGACUUGGACUCAGCAGGCAGGUCUCUAACUAGGGUAUCUUUCAGCCCAGGGAGAGCCUGCCUGGCCUGUAUGCCUGAGCAGGAAUUUGUCCCAGUUCAUUCUUCCCUAAGUAGGUGGUGGUAACCCCUGCACGCAGAGGGAUCUUCCUUUCACUCUUCUCCCCUACUGUUC